CAAAGCGUCUGCGUGAACGUUCAGUGGUUUCAGUCUGUGAUGAUGAGGAUGAACGUCUACAUGUGUCUGUCAGCCUUCAUCCUGAGCUGCAGAGUCUGUGCAGAGAUGGUUCAUAUGGCUGUAAUGGAGAUGAACUCAGUGUCUUUACCUUGUUCUGACAUCGUGGACAACAGUAUGACCUGGAAAAAACGGGCUCCUGGGCGGAACGACCAUGAAUCCAAUUUUCUAUUUUCACUUAUUGGUGACGAAGAACGAAGAGAAAAUGACCCAGAGGAACGAUUUAGUUCAGUGGGAUAUAAUUCACUGCACAUUAACAGAGUUUAUUUAUCAGACAGUGGAGAAUACAUCUGUAACAGCCAUUGGUCAGUGGAGCUGACGGUGAUCCCAACAGGAACCUUCAUCCAACAUGCUAGAGAAGGGACCAGUGUCACUCUGACAUGUCCUCAUGUUACUGGUUCAGAUGAUCUAAUAUGGAGAAGACAGUCUGAUGGAUGGAGACCACAUCCUGGUCUGACUCUGACUCUGACAGACCUUAGACUGUCUGAUUCUGGACUGUUCAGCUGUGAUGGAAAACCUGCUGUGUAUCUGAAUGUGACCACAGGUGAUGAUGAAGCACCGCCCACAACAACAGACACAAAAACGACAAGUACGUCUGCAACAACAACAGCAACAACACAGAAGAAAACUACAUCCAAGACAAACAACAGCAAAAAGGGCACGAAACCAGAGAAAAAAGGCGACGACAAGAUUACUCCUCCAAGUCCAUCUGUGCCACGACCAACCAACAGUCCAGAAACACCGAUUAAAUCGACACCAAGAAUGGUGACUGCAUCGACACAAACCAAAGACGACAACACCAAGACAAUAACAAUGAGUGAACCACCACACACAGCUGCAUCUGAACCACAGCCUCUGAGUUUGAUCAUUGGGAUACCUGUCCUCUGCCUCGUCCUCCUCCUCCUCUUCAUCCUCUGCCUUAUUUCUAGACGCAGGUUGAAAAGACGAGUGGUUACAGAAUCCCACCCUGUUUAUGAGGAAAUCCAGGAUCAGGUGGAGUUUCAGGCCAUCAACGGGGUUGGUUCCUCUGAAAUGACAGCAGCGUACAAGAGGAAACCCAGUCCAGACGUUCAAAUCCUCGACCACACAUAUUCCAUGAUUACGUUUCCAUCAAACAGCAGCGGUCAAAUUCCACAUGUGGAGUCUCCGUAUUCUCUGAUCGGUGACCCUGUUCUCUGUGGAAAUAACAACGGUUUGUCACAGCUGACAGAUACAUAUGAAAGAAUCCUAGAGUAACAACAAAAACUGAAUUUUAAUUAAUCAUGAUUUUUACAGUUCUGUCAGAAAAAAGGAAAAAAAAACAUCUGUGUUUGUGUUUUCUGUGGUAUUUGUUGCUUUUAUUUGCAGUAGAUUUUCUGUGUAGAGUAAAUAUCAGCUCUAAGGCUCAGGGUUUAUUCAGUAUUUUAAUAAUAAUCAUAAAGCACUUUGUAUUUUUAUUUAUAACACAAAAUGCUUUGGGCUAAUUCUUAGAAAUACAUUCAGGAUUUCUCUGCUUUUCUUCAAUAAUAAACAUGUACAUAACAUCACACUUUUAUGCCUGUUUCUUUGUAAUCAGUGAACAAUCUACAAAAAGAUGACAACGAACCACCCACUAGACGUAAACAGAUGAAUUCUAUCUUUGUAAACCUGAAAACACAGUUACAUUUUCUGCAGAACCAGAGGGAUUAUUUCAAUUAAAAUAC